AAAGCAGGACCAGCCUAGGCCAGUGCUGUGCCCUGGUCCUCUGCCCUCUGUGUCCUACUGCUCCAGCUCCAUGUCCUAUGGACAUGGCCUCAUCCCUGCAUGUCCCUCUGCUACUCCUGGCUGCCCUGCUCUUGGGCCUGGCCAUGGCCCCCAUGGCUUUGGAGUCAGCUACAAAGAAACUUCGCCUAAGGGGGGAAAUACAAGACAAAGACCCUAAUGAUGAAGAGGUCAAGUAUGCAGUGGACUUCGCCCUCGAAGAGUACAACAAGGACAGCCAAGACCCGCACCUCUUCCGCUUGUCACGGGUGGUGCGUGUCCAUCAGCAGGUGGCGACUGGCAAGAGCUACUACUUGGAUGUGGAGAUUGGCAGAACCACCUGUGCCAAGGACCAGCCCAACCAGGUUGACUGUCCCUUCAGUGAGGAGCCGAUGCAGCUCUGCUCCUUCGAGGUCUUCUUCAGGCCCUGGGAAUACCUCAUAGAACUGACAAGCUCCAAGUGUCACCAAGCUUAAGCUUUGUUUUGGCCAGACAACAACCAUGACAUACCAGAGUUCCUUGCAGUGUCCUCAGCCCUUUCUUGGAGACCAACCCGAGUAUAGUCUCCUCCAUGCCGCAGUUCCGGGGCUCAGGAGAGCAGGCUCCUCCAGGCUAUGUGGACACCCAUGACCUGUCCCCUCUUCGUUCCGCUCUGCUUCCUAGCCACACAAGUGGGAAGUGCACACAGCCACCCCUGCCUUGCUGAAUAAAGGCUUGGAGCAGCU